CAAAAGUUGCAGGUACAACAAUGAUUGGCGGAGCACACUCGGCUAACUCUAACUGACUGUUGGCCACGUUGUACGCAUCUGCUGUUCGGCGGUGGAAAGACAAAACAGACCACUCACUUCCUGUUUCGAGCGCAGUUUACUGUCAAGGCUGACUUGUAACGCAGGGUGUUAAAAGAAAAAGACAGAAGUUGGGUUUUUAAUAUUUAUUACAUUUAAUAUCACAUAAAAAAAGGAAGUCGCCAGAUCAUGAGAUUUCUCCAUAUGCUUUUUUUAACCUAACAAAGAUGAUGAGGCUUCGGCUGGGUAAGAGGAAUCUCCUGUUGCUUUUGGGUGUUUCCUUCGCUGUGUGGACUUUUUUGAUAUCCACGCGCGUGCUGUCAGUUUCAGACCCCGAACCCACAGUCGUGACUCGUCACCACACGAGUGACAAGGUCAAACUGGACCUAGGGGGGUCCCUGGCAGACUUGACUCAGUCCCUUUACAUUGCCAAUUACAGACAAGUUAUUCUAAAUGGAGAUAGGUUUCCAUUGGCGCCGCAGCUGGUUCUGGUCGUGCAGGUCCACAACAGACCGGAAUACCUUAAACUCCUUAUCAAGUCUCUGGAGAGAACAUCCGAGGUCCAUAACUUCCUCGUCAUCUUCAGCCAUGAUUACUUCUCAGCGGAAAUCGAGUCCAUUGUGCAAGGCAUCACUUUCUGCAAGGUACUGCAAAUUUAUUUCCCGUUUAGUACUCAGCUGUAUCCCGACGAGUUUCCCGGACAGGAUCCACGUGACUGCAAACGGGAUGCAUCCAAAGAGGAUGCCCGUGAAACAGGAUGCUUGAAUGCGGAAUACCCGGAUAGUUACGGACAUUACCGGGAAGCAUCCGUGACUCAAACUAAACAUCACUGGUGGUGGAAGUUACACUUCGCGUGGGAGCGACUUCAGGUCUUGCGAGGCUACGGCGGUUUCGCGGUGUUCCUCGAAGAAGACAACUACAUCUUACCUGACUUUUUCCACUUCUAUACAUCCAUGAUAGAAUUCCGGAAUAACAACUGUCCGGAUUGCGACGUGCUAGCUUUGGGGAACCAUAACGAGCCUCACGGGUUUGCUACGCUAUCCAACAAAGUCUUAACCACCGGAUGGAUGUCCACCAAACACAACAUCGGAGUAGCCAUCUCCAGGGAAGUGUACUAUAAACUAAUGGGAUGCAACAAGGACUUCUGCACUUACGAUGAUUACAACUGGGAUUGGACUCUUCAGCAUCUCUCCGGAACCUGCAUAUCGAAACCACUGAAGGUGCUCGUCGCUCAGGGUUCCAGGGUUCUUCACACCGGAGACUGCGGACUGCACCAGAAGCAGAACUGCAGACCGGAAUGGGCUUUGCAGAAAGUCGAGCAAACUCUCCAAGCGGCUAAAAGUGGCUUUUUCCCGUCGUCUCUUGUCAUCACCGCAUCGGAAAAAGCGGAACACAAGGAGCAUAUGAAGAACGGAGGCUGGGGAGAUAUCCGAGAUCAUAAUCUGUGCAGUAACUACGCUAAACGUUUAUGAAAAUAUGGAAUUCAUAAACAUUCCAGUCAACUGUAUGAUCACCGAAGCGACACAGAUGCCAAAGAAUCGUUCAUAAUGUAUUGCGUGUUUAAACGUUUGAAUCGUUCUGAAACAUUUCAUGUUUAUCUUUUGCAAGCCGUUAAGUGUUUUUGAUUUAAUUCACCAAAAAUGGAGCAUAAACAGACAAAAAAAAAUGUAUAGAACAUAUUCCAGGACACCCCUACUUGACAAUUUUUUUUUUUUUUUUUGCGGUACUGUAUGAUCACCAAAGCGACACAGAUGCCAAAGAAUCGUUCAUAAUGUAUUGUGUGUUUAAACGUUGGAAUCGUUCUGAAACAUUUCAUGUUUAUCUUUUGCAAGCCAUUAAGUGUUUUUGAUUUAAUUCACCAAAAAUGGAGCAUAAACAGACAAAAAAAUGUAUAGAACAUAUUCCAGGACACCCCUACUUGACAAUUAAUUUUUUUUUUUUUUUACGGUACAACUUUACUGUACUGUAUGAUCACCAAAGCGACACAGAUGCCAAGGAAUCGUUCAUAAUGUAUUGUGUGUUUAAACUUUCGAAUCGUUCUGAAAACAUUUCAUGUUCAUCUUUUGCAAGCCAUUAAGUGUUUUUGAUUUAAUUCACCAAAAAUGGAGCAUAAACAGCAAAAAAAUGUAUAGAACAUAUUCCAGGACACCCGUACUUGAGGCAAUUUUUUAAUUUUUUAAAAAACAUUUUUUUACAGUACAACUUUUAACUGCAGUCAACAAGGCUCAUAUCUCAUUUGACAUGCACAUCAUGGAAGAGGGUUGCGAUUUAUUGAUUUUUCUUCCUAGGAGAAUAAAUAAAUGUGACCUUUUGGAAUCUUGUACCUCGUGAAACAAACAGGCAGUCAUGUUUUUUUUUUGUUUAUUUUUUUUGGUGGGGGGGUGUACAAUCCUAUCAAUGACGUCAUUGUGGUUAAGCUGACUUGAAAUGUGCCUGGUUUGUUCUUAAAAAGUGCAAGCGAGCGUUUAGUGUGGCUUGUUUAUUUAAAAUACUUUUAACAUUACAUUUGUUAUGCCUUACAUUUCAUAAUGAUCAAUGUGAAAUCUGAUUAUUACUGUUUAUUUCUUUGUUUCACAAUUGGAGGAGUGUGGUGAAUGGGAAUAAAAAAUAUUUUAUAUUUA